ACUUGUUGAGCAGCGUAGUCAAAAAGCUCUCAUUCUCUCUCCUCUUUUCUACUUGGCUCGAUUAAAAUUUUCUUGCUUGUUAAGCUUCACCAAAACUUAAAUCCCCAGUAAAUUUCUGAUAGUCAUUUUCUAUCACUUUCAUUUUUCUAUUUUUGCCGCUAAUUUCACAAUUUCACCCCUUUCUCUCUCUACUUUCUCUUUCUGUGCUUUUGUGCACUGCACUGUGAAGCCCCCUGAUCAAUUUUCAAUGAGAAAUCGCAAAUUAUGAAGUGGGUUUGCAAAUUUGGCGUUGAUUUUCACAUGGCAGGGCUAUCUUGAAUCGGAUGUAGUGAGGACGUGAGGUUUCCAUGAAAAUGGUGGUUGGGGUUGAGGAAAAUGAGGAAAGAGCUAUCAAGGAUGUUGCAGCUGAUACACACAGUUCUGGUUUUGCUCCAUUGAAGCAAGACUCUGAUCCUAUUGUUUAUAAGCUUGUUCGGGUUGAUUUUGAUGGAAGGUUUGUUCCUGCUACUGAUGAUGAGCUUAUGGAGGUUGAGGAUUUGUUGGAGAUGGAAAAAAGUGAAAUGCUAUCUAUACCUGAUGUUGUAGAGGCAGCAUCACAUAUUCCUGAUAAUGAUGAGUUGGAUGAAUCUUUUGAAAAGCCUGACAUAGAGAAGCAUGAAGGUUUGUCACAAAUCAAGCUCGCCAAGGUUGAUCAAGAAAACUUAAGACCUCAGGCCGAGGACUCUUUGCCUAAGUCUACAUCAAGUUCUAAAGACACACAUGUGAAAGAAUCUGCGAAUAUGGGAGAGGAGUCAAGCUCUAGCCUCCAUGAUGGGCUAAACAAAAAUGGAUCUGCUGGUUCCAGACCUAACUUUUCUUUGACAAAGGGCGAGAUAGAUUUGGACAAAUUAACUAUUAGGGAACUUCACGAAACAUUCAGAGCUACAUUUGGGCGUAAAACUUCUGUUAAAGACAAGAUGUGGCUAAAACGAAGAAUUGCAAUGGGAUUGACUAAUUCAUGUGAUGUAUCUGUUACAAGUUUUAUAAUCAAUAAUGGAAAGCUCCUGAAGAAAAAAGAACUCAGUAAUAACUUGGAUUGUGGAAAUUCAGCGGCUGGAGAGAUCUGUAGUGCUAGAAAUGAUGGUCCAGUGAACUUGGUUGUUUCAAAUUUAAGGGAGGAUACCAUUGAUGAUGAUGAAUUGGGGAAUUCUUUCACAGAAUCUGGAUGUAGAAGUGAUGAUAACCUUGAGCACAGAGCUGCAAAACGUGCUAGGAAGCCUACAAAGCGAUACAUUGAAGAGUCAUCCGAUACAGAAAAGGAAUCCAGUGGAAAGUCGUUGUCCCCAUCCAAGCGUUUUGGACAGGAUAAAGCUUCUUUAAAGGAAGCAAUCAGACCUGCAUGGGGUUCCUAUUUAGGUGAUUUUGUCACCAGGCCUGACUCCAUCGGAGGAUCUGGUGUUCAGGUGCCAUACGUUUCUCGGGUUCGGAGAUGCCGUCCCCGAAAAAGUAUAACGGCCCUUACGAAGUUCAAUUCAAGUGAUGUCGCGUUGAACAGGAAAAUUGUUGAGAGUUCUGUUGCAGAGUUUAAGCCACCGCCUGAUGAUCAUAGCAGGGUUGAACUUUUGGAGACUAAAUCUAUCCAGUUUGGAAAGCUGAUUGUCUCAGAAGAGGAGAGAGAUAAACGAUGCUUGACUAGUAAGUUUUCAGAUGGUAUUUCUCAAGCUGCGGAACCAAAAAGUGUGGAUUCAGUGGAUAGUACUUCACUAGAGAACGCAUCCGGCAACAAUUCUGAUGAUCAUGUAACUACUAUUCCCACUGUGAAGGGUGGAAUGAGAAGAAAGCACCACCGGGCUUGGAGUUUGACAGAAGUUACAAAGCUUGUUGAUGGUGUGGCUAUGUUUGGAGCUGGACGUUGGUCCGAAAUCAAACGGCUUUCCUUUUCAUCUUAUGCUCACCGCACUUCCGUUGACCUGAAGGAUAAGUGGAGAAACCUUCUAAAAGCUAGCUUUGCUAACUCUCAAGCAGAAAAAGGGAUGAAUCCGCGAAAGAAUGCACCAUUACCAAUACCUGCAUCGGUUUUAGUGAAAGUGCGGGAGCUAGCAGAACUCAAUGGGCAGGCUCCACAGGUUUCAAAAGGCAGUAGCAACAACAAUAGUGGGUCAAGUGUAAAUGAAAAUAGAUCAGGAUACUCAUGACAUCUUUUGUAAAUACUUUCACCAUCACAUCUAGAGUCAGUUUAUAGGGAAACAAUAAUGGUGCUGGUGCUGGUGCUGGUGCUGGUGCUGAGUGGUCGCCAUGCAACUGCCUUGCAGUUAUCUGUAAUAGGUACCUGAAUGUCAGUUCUAUGACAACUUUUGCGGUAUAUGCUAGUUCGUGCUUUUUAGGUCCA